AGAUGGAGGGAUUCCACUAUGAGUUCAUCCACAGCAAGAUGCACAGCUUCAUUUGCAUCAGUAGAUAUGUUCUUGAUCUUUUCGUGUUUGUCUGCCGAUUUGUUGCAUCACAUCUUCACCCAUUCUUCAUUCAAUUAUCCUACUUCCUAGUCAUCGAUCUAUUAGGUUCAGUCCUCUUGAUAUCUCUGAAACCAAACAACCCUGACUUCAGCCCUCGAUAUGUCGACAUGCUGUUCUUGUCAACCUCUGCUCUGACAGUUUCCGGCCUCAGCACCGUCAAAAUGGAGGACCUCUCGAGUACUCAGAUCGUAGUCCUGACCUUGCUGAUGUUUGUAGGGGGCGAGGUCUUCGUCUCUUUCUUAGGACUCAUGCUUAGGCCGAACCACCGAGCCAAGCCAACUGAUCCUGCAGGCAACAACAAGGUCAGUUCAGUUGCUGUCGAGCACGAAACGAUAGAUACCGCGAGUGCAAUCAUCUGCGAGGAGUUGCAGCUUGAAGAAGAAAUGCAUGCAACUCCGUCUUUGAGUAGUAAUGAUCUGAAGAAGAGUAGGAGCGUAAGAUACUUAGGAUUCGUUGUGUUCGGCUACCUUGCUGUUAUCCAUGUCCUUGGCUUUCUGCUAGUUUUCUUGUACAUAACCCAUGUGCCAACUGCAAGGGCGGUACUGACCAAGAAAGGGAUCAAUGUUGCUCUCUUCUCGGUGUCGGUCACCGUCUCCUCCUUCGCUAACGGCGGGCUUGUGCCGACGAACGAGAACAUGACCAUCUUCUCCAAGAAUGCCGGCCUCCUCCUGCUCCUCACCGGCCAGGUUCUUGCAGGCAACACGCUGUUCCCUCUCUUCCUGAGGCUGCUGAUAUGGUUCCUGGGGAGAGUGACCAAGUUGGAAGGGCUGGAGCUCAUGAUCAGGAACCCCAAGGAGCUGCGGUUUCGUCAUCUGCUUCCCAAGUUGCUGACGGCGUUUCUCUCCUCAACAGUUGUCGGCCUUGCAGCAUUGGCUGUCGUGCUGUUCUCCGCCAUCGACUGGAAUUCUUUGGUGUUCGAUGGGCUCAGCUCUUACCAGAAGAUCAUCAAUGCAUUGUUCAUGGCAGUGAACACGAGGCAUGCAGGGGAGAAUUCCAUCGACUGCUCACUUAUCUCCCCUGCCGUUCUAGUGCUAUUAAUCGUCAUGAUGUAUUUGCCAUCAUCAACGACGUUUGCACCACCAAACAGAGAUGAUAAAACAAAGGACGAUAAAGUGGUACCCAAACGGAGAUCUUUGGUGCAGAACUUAGCAUUUUCGCAGCUUGGGUGCAACAUCAUCUUUGUGAUGGUUGUCUGCAUCACUGAGAGGAGAAGGCUCAGAAAUGACCCACUCAACUUCUCCACGUUGAACAUGAUAUUUGAGGUCAUCAGUGCAUACGGCAACGCAGGACUGUCCACUGGUUACAGUUGUUCGAGGCUGCAACAGCUGCACCCGGAGAGCAUCUGCCAUGACAAGCCAUACAGCUUUUCUGGAUGGUGGAGCAACGAAGGGAAGUUGAUGCUGAUCUUUGUCAUGCUCUAUGGGAGGCUCAAGGCCUUCACCAUGGGCACAGGUAAAUCUUGGAGGUUAGGAUAAAACACAGCAAUUCUGAACAAGAUUGCCUGCAAAGGUAAGUGUAUCAGAUUUACUACAAUUGUCAUUGGUGUACUGCCUGAAAGUUCAGGCUUCAAUUUGGAUCCUAGUGGAGCAAAAUAUGUGAUCCUGGAUGUUGCACAAUUGCUCUUUUCUUUUUUUCAUUUUCUUUUAUAAAGUCCCUUUUGUACUUUAUAUUAUCAGUCACCAUCAAGGUAUCGGUGC